AUGCAUAGAAAACGUUCUCAUUUUCUCGCAUUCCGUGCCUGUGAUGAAUACAAAAAGAAGGAUAUUAUUAAAUCACAGUUGAAUUUUACACAAAAAAUAAAUAAUGAUCCAGCAAUACCGUUUUUACCAAGUAUUAAAGUUAAACCAAAUGCCAUGGUACCAUUAUCAGAUUUGUUUACAUCUACAGAAAUCAUCGAACAAAUUCAGUGUGGACAAAUUUCAUUGAAUGAAAUAAAGAAAAAAUACUCGGAUUUAUUGAAAAAUGCGUAUUAUUAUGAGCUAGAAUCGUUUAAAGUACCACCGCAACAAUUCGAAUUAUGUGAAGAACAGACACCAAAAUCACUGCAAGACACAAAAUAUGAAUAUGUUGAUGCAGGAGAAAAAUUAAAAAAUAUGGUCGAUCAUAUUCAAUUACAAUCGGAAAUAGCAGUCGAUUUAGAAGCUCAUCAACAUCGAUCGUAUUAUGGUUUUACGUGUCUGGUUCAAAUAUCAUCACGUACAGCUGAUUACGUAAUUGAUGCUCUGACAUUAAGAGAUGAAUUACAUAUUUUAAAUAAUGUAUUUACAAAUGUGAAUAUAGUUAAAGCAUUAUCUUUAUAA